ACAGAGUGGUGGGGCUCAAGCAAUGAAGCAAGUCUGUACAGAGGAGCCGACUGCUGAGAGUGAAGGUGGAGGUGGAGGGAGGAGGCGGUAGUAAAGGAAGCAAGCAACAAACGAGAAAACGUUUACACCAAAAGAGCCCUUCUCCACCAGCACUCACCGGUUCCCUUAAGUCAGUAAAUGGGAAGUGCUUAGCGGGCAUUUUUUGUUUCUUUUUUGCAACUACACCGUAUUGACUAAAAACUAAUGGAGCUCUGAAGCGUGAACGCGGCUCAUCUGGCAGACGAAAAUUAAAGACAGAUAAUUCGGCGCAGUGCGCGAACGACACGCUUCAAAGUCCAGGAUGCUACGGUGGAUCAGACAGCAGCUGGGUUUUGACCCACCCCAUCAAAGUGACACAAGGACAGUUUAUGUAGCUAAUCGCUUUCCUCAGCAUGAUCAUUAUAUUCCCCAGAAAUUUGCAGAUAACCGGAUUAUAUCAUCCAAGUACACAGUAUGGAAUUUUAUUCCCAAGAAUCUAUUUGAGCAGUUCAGAAGAAUAGCCAAUUUUUAUUUUCUUAUAAUUUUCCUUGUCCAGCUAAUGAUAGAUACCCCAACAAGUCCUGUUACUAGCGGACUUCCAUUGUUCUUUGUAAUCACAGUGACAGCCAUAAAACAGGGUUUUGAAGACUGGUUACGACAUAAAGCAGACAAUGAAGUAAAUGGAGCUCCAGUUUAUGUUGUACGAAGUGGUGGGCUUGUACAGACAAGAUCAAAAAACAUAAGGGUUGGGGAUAUUGUAAGAGUUGCCAAAGAUGAAACUUUCCCUGCAGAUUUAGUUCUGUUGUCAUCUGAUAGAAGAGAAGGAACUUGUCAUGUUACUACUGCAAGCUUGGAUGGAGAAACAAACCUUAAGACUCACUCUGCUGUUCCUGAGACAGCGAUAUCACAGUCAGUUUCUAGUCUGGAAGCCAUAAUAGCUGUUAUUGAAUGUCAUCAACCAGAAGCAGAUUUAUACAGGUUUGUCGGGCGAAUAACAGUUAAUCAUUGUGGAGAAGAAAUCGUAAGACCCCUUGGACCAGAAAAUCUCCUCCUGCGAGGUGCAAGAUUGAAGAACACCAAAGAAAUUUUUGGUGUGGCAGUGUAUACUGGCAUGGAGACAAAAAUGGCUUUAAAUUACAAGAGUAAAUCCCAGAAGCGUUCAGCUGUGGAAAAGUCUAUGAAUACAUUUCUUAUGAUCUACUUGGUAAUUCUUUUGUUUGAAGCCGUUCUCAGUACUAUUUUAAAGUAUGCUUGGCAAGCUGAAGAAAAGUGGGAUGAGCCAUGGUAUAACCAAAAAACGGAGCAAGAAAGAAAUAGCAGCAAAAUUUUAAAAUUUAUUUCAGAUUUUCUUGCUUUCCUCGUUUUGUACAAUUUUAUUAUCCCUAUUUCACUCUAUGUAACGGUUGAAAUGCAAAAAUUCCUUGGCUCAUUUUUCAUUGGAUGGGAUCUUGAUUUAUACCAUGAGGAGUCUGAUGAGAAGGCACAAGUAAAUACCUCUGACCUUAAUGAAGAACUGGGGCAGGUUGAGUACGUGUUCACUGACAAAACAGGAACUUUAACGGAAAAUGAAAUGCAGUUUCGUGAAUGUUCCAUAAAUGGUGUUAAGUACCAAGAGAUCAAUGGUAAACUUGUUCCUGAGGGAAUGGCAGAAGAUUUACCUGAUGGAGUUGAUUCUAAUUUGUCUGAGGAAGACAUUCUCUUCUUAAAAGCAGCGUCAUUGUGUCACACUGUUCAGAUCAGUUAUGACCAAGCUGAUGAUUUAGGAGACAGACAAGCAAAUGGCAUAUUACGCCAAAUGGAAUAUUAUGCUUCUUCUCCAGAUGAAAAGGCUUUAGUUGAAGCAACAAAAAGAAUUGGUGUAACUUUCAAUGGAAAUAAUGGAGAAACUAUGAGUAUUACAUCCUUUGGAAAACUUGAAAUAUAUAAGCUGCUUCAUAUUUUGGAGUUUGAUGCAAACAGAAGAAGAAUGAGUGUCAUUUUACAGACUCCAUCAGGUGAAAAAAUACUCUUUACAAAAGGAGCAGAAUCAUCUAUUCUUCCUUAUACAAAAACCGGUGAAAUUGAUAAAACAAGGAUGCAUGUAGAUGAAUUGGCAUUGAAAGGUCUAAGAACUCUUGUCAUAGCCUGCAGACACUUCACCCCUGAAGAGUAUAUAGAAAUUGAUCGGCGUCUCCAUGAGGCCAGGACUGCACUGCAGCAGAGAGAGGAGAGACUAGCAGAUGUGUUUAGCUAUAUUGAAAAAGACUUUGAACUUCUUGGAGCAGUUGGUGUGGAAGAUAAACUGCAAGAAAAAGUCCAGGAGACAAUUGAAGCACUCAGAAUGGCAGGGAUCAAAGUAUGGGUGUUAACAGGGGAUAAACAUGAAACUGCUGUCAGUGUUAGUUUGUCCUGUGGACAUUUUCAUCGAACUAUGAAUAUCUUAGAGUUGGUGCAGCAGAAAUCGGAUAGUGAAUGUGCAGUUCAAUUGAGAAGAUUAGAUAAAAGAAUUAAAGAAGACCAUGUAAUCCAACAUGGCCUUGUUGUUGAUGGCGCUAGCCUUUCUCUAGCAUUGAGACAACAUGAAAAGCUCUUCAUGGACGUCUGCAGAAACUGUACAGCUGUACUAUGUUGUCGAAUGGCUCCACUCCAAAAAGCAAAAGUUGUAAGACUGUUAAAGACUUCCCCAGAAAAGCCCAUUACAUUAGCUAUUGGCGAUGGAGCAAAUGAUGUUAGUAUGAUACAGGAAGCCCAUGUGGGUAUAGGAAUAAUGGGAAAAGAGGGACGGCAAGCAGUAAGAAAUAGUGACUAUGCAAUUGCAAGGUUUAAAUUUCUUUCCAAGUUGCUUUUGGUCCAUGGACACUUCUAUUACAUUAGAAUUGCAACUCUUGUACAAUACUUCUUCUACAAGAAUGUGUGUUUUAUUACACCACAGUUUUUAUACCAGUUUUUCUGUUUGUUUUCACAACAAACCCUGUAUGACAGCGUAUAUUUGACGUUGUACAACAUUUGUUUCACCUCCUUACCCAUUUUGGUGUACAGUCUUUUUGAACAACUGGUGCAUCCACAUGUCCUGCAGAACAAGCCAGCAUUGUACAGAGACAUAAGCAAGAAUGCUCUUCUCUCCUGCAAGCCCUUUUUGUACUGGACUUUAUUAGGCUUCUGCCAUGCUUUCAUAUUUUUUUUUGGCUCAUAUCUGUUAAUGGGAGAAGAUACAUCACUAAUGGGAAAUGGACAGAUGUUUGGCAAUUGGACCUUUGGCACUUUAGUCUUCACAAUUAUGGUCAUCACCGUUACCCUAAAGCUUGCAUUGGAAACUCAUUUCUGGACAUGGAUGAACCAUUUUGUGACUUGGGGUUCAAUUGCAUUUUAUUUCAUUUUUUCCUUAUUUUAUGGAGGAAUUAUUUGGCCAUUUUUGCACACACAAGACAUGUAUUUUGUCUUUGUUCAGCUACUUUCUAGUGGCUCUGCCUGGUUUGCUAUUAUUCUUAUUGUUAUUACUUGUCUUUUCCCUGAUGUCAUCAAGAAUGUUUUCUACAGACACCUUCAACCCACAAACACUCAGAAGACUCAGCUUAACGGAAAUGGAAUCGGCAUUAGCUGCUUGGAUUCCAUGUGCUGUUUCUCAGAUGGUGAGAAAGCUUGUGCUCCAGUUGGAAGAAUGCUGGAUCGAAUGAUUGGAAGGUGCAGCCCCACACGAGUCGGCAGAUCUUGGAGCACCUCGGACCCCUACUAUUCAAAUGACAGAAGCAUCCUGACCCUUUCUCAAGUGGAGGCCACUCCUUGCUAAUACUUUAAGGACAGCACCACCCAUCUAUGUGAAUCUUGCCUUGUUUUGUAGUGUCACUACAGUGCUGCCCCUUCCCCAUGCUAACCUGAAUCUGCCUUCAGCUAACAACCACCUCUGGAGCCGCAGAAAUUGCAAAAACUCUUGCUGUUAACUUCAUUUAAUUUCAAUGAGUAAACAAAGAACUCUUGAUGAACUUUGUUCACUGCUUUCAGUUUACACAGAUAGUAUUUGUAUUUUGCCCAGUUCUGAUUAAGCCCAUUCCCCAAAAUAUUUUUUUUUUUUUUUGCCCCAUGCUUCUCAGCCUUAUUUUGUCAUUAAUGCUUUAAUUUAUAAAAAUACCUCAUCAUGUUUUUUUAAGCAAUUACUAAUCAUUGUCCUUGUAAGCCAUUUUCUCUGUUCAAUGUGUUCUGAAAAUAUCUGAAAAUGACCAAAUCAGCUUGCUAUCAGUAAUUGAACCUGCAGUCUACUAAGUGGAGAGAAGUAUCAUGGUGUUCAUUUAUCUGCUGCAGUGUUUUGUAAAGCUCAGUAUUUAAAAGCUAAGCAAAAGCCAAAUACCAAAGUCAGUAGGCCUGGAGAAAAUGGCUUCUUCUAUAUGUGCUUUUUAAUAGAUGGCAACUUUUUUUUUUCCACAUUUUCAGAUCUUUCUGCUUUAUUAAUGCUGUCAAUGUG